CUGAGCAUAGUUUCCAAGCCAAAGCCAUUCCUUUUCCAAUUGGCCCCUGGUUUUGCCAUUUCUUAUAUAUAUUGUACAAUACCAUGUUCUUUUCCCUACAGUUUCCUCGAUUACCUUUUCUCAAUUUCUCUACUUUUGCACCUUUAUCUGUUACCCAUUUCUCUUUCGUCUUGAUUUAGAAAUACCCAUCACCAAUUCUCAAUCUUUUCUAUUUUUUAUACAACCAAAACAUAUAUUAUACCAUUUCUUAGUUCCUCUUCUUAUUUUCAAUUGUUUUUGGUGGUUCUUUACUGGGUUCGGGUUUAUUACUUGUAUCUCCUCAAAUCUAAGUCUAUCUUGCCAUUUUCAAAUCAAAGCUACAAUUUUUCUUUAUUUUCUGUUGGGUGUAAAGAAUUUUUACAAUUUGGUUUUUGAAGUGUAGAGUGAUUUGAAUCUUACCCAGUUUUAAAAGGGCUUCGUUUUCUUUGAUUCAUCAGUAAAUAUACGAACUUUGAUACGUCUUUGGUGGUUUAGAGAUAGAUUUAACAUAUAGAAUAUAUUAGUGUUAUUCCAAUGACAAUUGAAGCUGUAGUUGAUCCAAGAAGAGACCCAGCUGGUCAUGUACAUAAGGUUGGAUACGCCAAUAGAGUUAUCAAAAGGAGAAAAUGUAAAAGGAAAAUUAAUAAGCGACCUGAAGUAAAAGUUCCCAUGGCAUUACAGGAGCUGUAUAUGUCGUGUAAACAGGUGUUUAAAGGCCCUGGCACUGUUCCUUUUCCUCACGAUGUGGAGAGAUUAUGCCAUAUACUUGACAAGAUGAGGCCAGAAGAUGUGGGGCUGAGCAGCGAGUUGCAGUUUUUUAAGCCUAAACCUUCAGUCAAAGUGACUCCAAGGGUCACCACCACCACUAUAUACAAAUGCGAUAAAUUUUCGAUAUGCAUUUUCUUUCUUCCUGCAAGUGCUGUUAUCCCUCUCCAUAACCAUCCAGAGAUGACAGUUUUUAACAAGCUUCUCUUAGGAAAAAUGCACAUCAAAUCAUACGAUUGGAUUAGUCCUCCCGUUGCAGAGGAACCAGUACAGCCUUCUAACAUUAGAUUGGCGAAAAUGGUAGCCAACAGUGUCUUUGAAGCUCCUUGCAAUACUUCUGUCUUAUAUCCAACAACCGGUGGCAAUAUACAUCAAUUCACUGCUAUUACACCUUGUGCAUUUCUUGAUGUGUUUGGACCUCCCUAUUCUAAGGAAGAUGGUCGAGACUGUUCGUAUUACAAAGAUUAUCCUUACGAUGCCUUUCCAGAUGGAGAAGAAAGAGAGGUGAAAAAAGAGGAUGGAGACAUUUAUGGAUGGCUACAGGAGAUUGAUAUGCCGGAAAAUUCAAGAAUGGAUGGAAUUGAGUACUUAGGUCCCCAGGUUGUAGAGAUAAAUUGCUAGCUGUUUGUUAGUCACUUUCUUUUAUUUUUUGGGACAUAGGUAUUUUACCCUUUCAGGGUUUUGAAAGUGUGUUCAUAAUACAACCUUUUUCUUCCCUCCAUUUUGUCUCUCUCAAGUCAUACGUGGCUUGUCAAAUUAUUGCAGAGUUAAAGGGUACGAGUUCCUUGUUCAGCA